AUGAGAAUGGGUCGGAUGGAGCAGAAGGAAAAGCGCGAGCAGGAUCAGUGGCAUCAGCUCGCAUUCCACUCGAAGCAUGCUCCAGAGCCGCACGCCCCUGCCGUGGAAUGGCCUCCGAUCAUGGCACCUUGGACCAGAAAAGACGUGGGGCUUAAAUCAGGAGUGCCGUUCUCCCAUCUUUGUCGGGCUCUUACUUGA